CACGCGCACACGCGCACGCACAGAGCUGUUGAUCUGAUUGGAUGACUCGGAGAGCUCUGAUGACGCUCCUCUCACUCCUCCUGCUACAACAACAGGAGUGCGUUUAACUUUAUACACCUUUUUGUCGGUUACUUAACACGGAUUUCAGAUUUCGAUUAACGGACACUAUAACUUCCCACCGGUGGUGAUUCUACAACUGCAGCAUGCAGUCGGUUGAAGCACUUAAAGGAGCUUCUACCAGAAGCCAGCUGUUUGAAUCUCUGAAGGUGUAUCUGAGCAACAAGAACAGACUACAACCCAUUAUUGGCCUGGGCAGUAUUAUAGAGUGUGUGAAGGCGGCAGGUACACAUAACAGAGAAGUAUUGUACCUGUGUGAGGUGUGUGUGUGUCGACUUAGUAAAGCUGACAUGCGGAACCACAUUAUGGGAAGUCUCCACAGAUACAACUACAUUAAAGCCUGGCACCCCCACUUGGUGUCUGAAUGGGAGGAGAAGUGUGACCUGUCUAAGCUGGCCUGGCCACUGAUGGAGAUGGCCAAGACACUUGAGGGAAAAGAGGGACAUGGAGAAGUCCAGUGGUUAGAGGUUGACGAUGCUGUAUACCAGAAGAUGGCAACACACAGUGAGAAAGACGCUGUAACUCUGAUAACUAUCUUAAGAGAUGGGCAGGUGCAGGGUGAACCCGAGAGCCGUUCAGAGACCACAUCUGUGCAGCUGGAGCACAGUCCCGUCCGAUCGCAGAGGAUUGUACUGCUUCCUCAGACCUCAGCAGAGACGAACCAAACUGUAGCUUUUAUCGAGUCAGAAGGUAGUUUAAAGAACACAUCAUCACCUGAACCCUCUGAGCCGUCAGAGAACGGCGACAGCUUUCUUGAUGGCUACACAGGAACCAAGCCUCUUAUCGGUCUUAUCCGCGUGGUUGAAUGUAGAAGUGAAGAUGGCCACACAUGCUGUUUCUUAUGUCACUGCUGCCGCAUCAGAUCCAACGAAAAGAACAUCAUCGAUCACCUAACCAGAUCUUCCCAUCUCGUCAACUACUUGAUGGAAAUUCAUCCUGAGCAGGUGGAGGUAAUGAUGGCAGAUAUCAAUGACAACUAUCAACUUCUCCAAUCACUGGCCGAGAAAGUGGAGCAAGAAGAGGGCAGAGGAGAGCUGAAGGUGGUAAACGCUCCAGAAUCCCUCUGUAGCCUACUGACUGGCAAAAGUUACCACUGGUGUGUAAAGAUGCUGUGUAAUGGAUGGACACAUACUAACACCCAAAAGCAGAAAAUAGCUGUUAGAGGGACAAGUUUGAACAAGACUUCAAAUCAAUGCAUGCCAGAGAAAUGUGCCGUGGUGCCGUCAAAAUCUGCAAAAAAGAGGAAAAUGAGGGAAGUGACUAAUCCUGUGUUCAAUGUAAGCCUGCCUCUUAACGAAGGUUCAAUGCUGCUGGAGAGGAGCUCUUUCAGCAGGGACAGCCUCCCCGUAUCAACUGCAUACUCUACUCCAUCCGACUCGGAUCUCGUUCCCUCGCCAGAGUCCCAGUCACAGGGCUGUGAGUUGGACUACGACACUGGAUCAAUUACAGUUGACGACGCUGAACACACCUCACAACUUCAGCAAGACCUCUAUAGUGGAGAUGGAGACGCUGGUCAAUACAUGGAACCAGAAAGAAACGUCACUCCGUAUCAAGAGGUGGACGGUUAUCUCAAUGACGAUGAAUACUUCAACCAGUCAGAAGACACAACUGGAGCAAACUACCAAAGGGUUUCUGGGGAAAACAAUUACAACGGACAGCAAGGUUCUCAAGAAAGAUCAAGGUUUUACAAAGAGUGGCAAAAUGACGGCCCACAGACUCAACAUGAGUGGCUGUCGCCUGCUGCGUCCUACACUCAGGACUGGUCAUCUUAUAACUCUUCCUACGGACGGGACGCAGGUUGCACUGAGCAGUGGUACAAUUCAUCUUCCCAGAGUAAAGUUGGCACAGGAGUGUCAAGAGAAGGACAGAACGGGAUGAGCUCAGAUGCGGCUCAACAUUAUUACCAACAACAACCCCAGAAUCAGUACAUGGCACAAGAUCAUACCAGUCUUCAGACAGGCGGUGUGGGACAGCAUGGUUUGUCUAGUGAACUGGCUGCUUACUCAGGUGCUGAUAGGAUCAACACGCAUCCUUACUUAGGAGAUCCCCGUGCUCACAAUGGCAGCAUUGCACUGGAGCCUAGAAUGCAGUUUCUUGAGUUUGAACAGAGACGAUUGCAAACAUACAUGGAGUUCACCUUUGGUCAUUUCCAGACAGCUUCACAAAGUUAUAUGACACAACCUACGGCCCAUCAAGCCUUCCACGUAGGCCAUGGGAUGAUGUCUUACCCCAACUACAAUAAUGAACCAACAAACCCUGACCAGCCCUUUCCUCAUCCAGUCAGCGGUUGGGGUGGUGGUGAAGUUGGUAGUGGUGGUGGGGGUAUGUCCCAGUCAAAUGCUUUCAUCCCACCUGGGCAAGCUCUGUAUUAUGGAGCCAACACUGAUCUUAAUUUCAGAGCCGCUGGUUGGUCAGAUUUGAUGAUUUCAGGGAGUUCAGAUUGAACAACUCCAUUUAUGUUUGCAUAUCCCAAAUUGUAAUUCUGCAUGUAUCGCCACACCCCACUGAGACCACAUUUCUACUGAAGAGACGGUUGUCACCACUUGAUGAAAUCGCACUCAAAUGGUCCAGCCGGUUCUAAUUUUGCUGUGGUAUUUUUUUAUGUUCUUCCAAAAUAAAUGUGUUUGGUCUCUGUCAGAGAUGGGAAUCUCCUAAUGGAGGGAUGUUUUGCCUGUAGUGAUACAACCUUCAUAGCCUCUGAAAUCUCAGCUUUGUCCGCUUUCAUUUUAAGUUUCAACUUUAUUUUAUGUGACAAAAUAUAUAUGAUAGUGACAUUUUCUUUUACCCAAAUGUUAAAAACGGAUGCGACUGUGGACCAUCAAACUGAAAUGAGCCUAGACUGUGACAUAUUUCCUUGGAUGUGCUUGGGCAUAUAGGUGUUCUAAGUAAAACUGUAUCUGUUGCAUCAUCUGUUUACAUUAAAACAAAAGAUAGCGCUCGUUGCUUCAGAAUUAAGGACAUUUACGAUGAUAGCCUAUGUUUUUGUUAUUCAAAAAUUAUAUUGAUAAUAGUGUCUCAAGAAUAUUGGGGAUAAUGAGAUCAUUUAAACUGAUAAGUACUAGCAUUUAUUCAUAUGUUUCUAGGUUUUACAUGCGUCCAAACCAAGUGAGGUUGAGAAACGUGCUCAGUAAUAUAAAGCAUCAAACUGUGUACAGCAGCUGGCAGUUUUUCAAUGUCAAUUGUAUUGGUUCAACAGAGAAAUUAUAAAGGUUUCAAAUUGCACUAAGGGUCUGUUUUAUAGUUGUCACUAAAUAACUUGUUAAAUUACAAAUAAUACUUCUACUAAUACCUACAUUUUCUUUUCCUUUUGGACCAUUAUGCCAUUGCGACUGCAUUUGUUAUGUACAAGCUAUGCCUGAAUAACUCUAAAGAAGAAUUUACUUUAAAAUUCGUAAAAUGUGUAAUGGCCUACUCUAUAGGUUUGUGCUUGAGUGUAUUAUCUCAACUUUUUUUUUGGAUGACCUCUUUUUGCUUAUUUUGUGCACCACAGAAGAUAGUAGGCUAUAUUUAUGUUGACUAUGGUGUAUAAUGGAAUGAUACUGAUAUUGACACCAGGUUGCUAUAAACAAAAUUUGGAAAAUGAUGCAAGUGAUGAAUCUAUCACCUGUUGCUAAUGUAAGGCUAUGUAACAUGUAUGUAUGUUGUGUGUUUAAGUUAGCAACUAGUGUAACUAUGCAAAUGCCCAGUGCUGUGGUGCAUAAUAAAUAUGUUUCGUAAACGUC